AUGCAUCUAUACGCCCUUUUGUCAAUUGUCAUAAUUGCCUAUAUCUGCUGGCGGGGCAUCUACAACCGCUAUUUUCACCCUCUCCGUGAAUUUCGCGGUCCUUUCUGGGCCUCUGUGUCCGAUUUCUUCAAGCUAUGGAUUCUGCACACCAAACAGGCCCAUACAUUAGGCCUCGAGUAUCACCAGAAAUAUGGUCCCAUUGUGCGGGCUGCGCCAAAUCUCUUGGCCGUGGAUGAUCCCAUGCUUUUGCCGCAAAUUUACCAUCGACGGGUGGACAAAACGGACGUCUAUACCGUCGGGGUCCUGGGUGAAAUUGCGCCACCCUUUCAAACACUCAAGCACGAGGAGCACGCGAUGAAGCGAAAGCGAGUCGCAGCGUCCUUCACCCUGACCAACCUCAAAUCUCUUGAAGGCCAGGUCGAUGAUCGUAUCGCACAGUGGACGAGUGUAUUGACCUCCCGGUUUGCCGAGACCGGCCAAGAGCUUGAUUUCGCAGCUUGGUCGCAAUGGUUUGCAUAUGACAUGAUCUGUCAGCUCUCUUUUGGCGAGCCGAUUGGAUUCGUCUCUCAAGGUCGCGAUGUGGAGAAUCUGAUCGAGAACUUCCAUCAGAUGGCGCCUUUUGCGGCAGUGGUCGGGGCCUUGCCCUGGCUCGCUCGUCCUUUCUUGGAAAAUCCCAUCACAAGGCGGUAUUUCAUGCCGAAACCGGGUGAUGGGUCGGGGACAGGAAAGAUCAUGGCCUUCCGCGAUCGGCUCCUUGCGGAGCGUUUGAACAACCCAAAGCCACGACAGAAGGGCGAUUUCCUCGAUAAUAUCUUAAAUGCAAAGAAUCCUGAUGGGUCUUCAAUUACUCUGGACGAGGUCAAGACCGAAUGUUUUGUGCUCAUGGUGGCAGCGUCCGAUACCACGGCCGCGUUUUUCUGUGGCUUUGUGCGAUACGUACUACAGACGCCAGAUGUGUACGAAAAGCUUAUGACUGAGAUCGAUGAUUACGAUCGCCGAGGUCUCCUGACACAUCCUGUUCCGCUCUACGACGAAAUCAAAGAUAUGCCAUACUUCUCGGCUUGCUACAAGGAGACGAUGCGUUAUCAGCCCUCUACCCCAAUGAUCAUCCCGCGCUACGUCUCUGAGGGAGGAAUGACAUUGCACAAUCAAUUCAUCCCAGCGGGAACCGAGAUUGGAGCCAACCCGUACGUGGUUCAUCGGAAUCGACGAGUCUUUGGUGACGAUGCCCAUGACUUCCGCCCUGAACGAUGGUUGGAGGAUGCCGAGCGAACGACCUUGAUGGAUAAAUGCAUUCUCACAUGGGGAUAUGGAACUCGUGUUUGUCUGGGCAAGAAUAUUGCUCUGCUGGAAACAUAUAAGCUAUUAAUUCAGUUCUUCCGAUUGUUCCGCCCAAGUAUCAACAAUAGGGACAGACCGAUCUGGAGGCAGGAAAACCUGGCGCUCUUGGUCCAUCAUGAUUUUUGGAUCAAGAUUGCAAGCAGGGAACGUUGA